AUGGAUGUUUUUUGGGCAGCACCGCCUGUGACCAGGGCUAUCACAACUGCUGCGUUCAUAGAGUCUCUACUGGUCUAUGGCGGGUUUAUCACACCAUUUUCAAUCGUCUUCCACACCCCAUUUAUCUUCAAGACCCUCCCAGAGGUCUGGCGAUUAGUGACGCCUUUCCUCCUGACCGGCCCAGGGCUGGAAUUUGUCUUUGACCUCUACCUUUUGUAUAGAUAUGGCAGCGGUUUGGAAAGAGACUUGCCACGCUUCUCUCUCCCUGGUGACUUCUUCACAUAUGUUGUCUUUGUAAGCACCGUGAUUAUGCUUACUGCAGGCCUCCUCCUAAAGUCCUUCAUCUUCACUUCAGCUCUACUGAUCGCCUUCAUGUACACCUACGGCCAAGUCAACAUUGGCAAAAAAGCACACUUCUUCGUCAUCCAGAUCCCCGUCGAGUUUCUCCCCUGGGCCAACCUGGUCAUCAUCAUGGUGAUGAAAGGGUGGGGGGCGGCGCAGUCGGCAGCAUGCGGCGUUGUAGCUGCUCACCUGUACGAGUUCCUUACCCGCAUAUAUCCGACAUACGGACGCGGAAGGACAUUUAUAUGGACCCCCGUGUUUGUGAAGAGGUGGUUUGGCGCACAUCGCUCAAACCAGACGAAUCGCGCCUACGGGACAUACCGCCAUGGCGAUAGACCUGUGCAGGAGGCGGGGGGUGCAUCGACGUCGUCGUCUGGGAGCGGGUGGUUUUCUGGCGAUUCGUGGAAUGGGAGAGGUGUUGGGCGGAGGCUUGGCUGA